AUGGAGAUUUGUUUGAAAUAUCAUUCUCAGCCAUACUCGUUUGUUACCAACGAUAGCUGCUGUCAAUGUCAGCGUAACUACUCGAGACACGCCCCUACAAAGGCUUUUGGUUUAAUAUUUAAUUCCCCUUCCAACGUACACUAUCAAACAUCUACAAAGCUAGCAUAUCUCCCUGCACUUGAAGAUGUACUCGUUUGGGAUAUUAAAUCUGCUACUCUUCAAUCUGAGUGGCAUGAGACUGGCUGUACAGCUCAAGUUACCCAAUUAUCCCCAAAUCCUGCCAAUAACUCCUUCGCUGUCGGUUAUAGUGAUGGCUCUAUUAGAAUUUGGCAGAAUAACGCUGCAAACAUCACUUUCAACGGCCACAAAUCUCCUAUCACCUCUCUUGAAUGGGACUUUGAGGGUAUACGCCUUAUUUCUGGCUCAAAAGACACAAAUAUCAUCGUUUGGGAUACUUUGGCUGAACAAGGUCUUACUCGUUUAAAAGGUCACAAAGAUGCUAUAAACACACUCCAUUUCAUCUCUCAAAAUCAUUUAAUCUCCACUUCAAACGAUACUUUCAUCAAGCUAUGGGAUCUUAACACUCAACAUUGCUUACAAACUCUAAUUGGUCACAGAUCCCCUGUCACCACCUCUACCUUAACAAGUGACCUCUCUUUACUCGCUUCUGGCUCUUCCGAUGGUGAAAUUAGACUUUGGUCUAUUAACCACGAAAAUCUUCAUGAGGGCUUGUCUCAAGAUGAUAAUGGCGAUUUCAUCAAAUUCAUCAACCAUAUCUCCACCCUUCCAACUCACACUAUUAAUAGAAAACGCAUCUCUCAACUCGCUUUUCACGAUUCCUUACCCUUCUUAGCCAUUUUAUCUUCUGAUAGAUCUCUCGAAGUUCUCAGAUUGCGUACUGAAGAAGAAAUCAAGUCAAAGAUGGCUAGACGUAGACGUCGCAAUAAAGAUAAAGGAAAAGCUACUCAUGAUGAUUCUUCUGUCAUUAACGUCACCAUGAACGAUAGGCUAACUCCAUACUUGGUCGUCCAUUCUCACUCCAAGAUCAAGUCUUUCUCUUUUCCCCCACUUCCUUCUAAUUUUGAUCCUAAAGCUCCUGCACAGGUCCUUUUAGCAUUAGCCAAUAAUGCUGUUGAAUUGCAUGCCAUACCAGCACCAACCAAGAAGACCGCUGAUGAAAGGGAGCCUGAAGCUUACCGCCUUCACUCUUUAGAUCUUCCCGGCCAUAGAGCUGAUAUACGCGCACUUGCUCUCUCCUCUGAUGAUCAGUUGUUAGCCAGUGCAUCCAAUGGCCAACUCAAGGUGUGGAAUAUGAAAACUCAAGCCUGUCUGAGAACCAUAGACUGUGGCUAUGCCAUCUCUGUUGCUUUCCUCCCAGGCAACAGGUCUAUUGUCAUUGGUACAAAGAGUGGUAACCUUCAACUUUAUGAUUUAAUUUCGUCAACUCAAAUUGCAGAUGUUGAUGCCCACGACAAUACUAUCUACGCCAUUGACAUCGCACCAUCAAAAACUUCACUCGUCACUGCCUCUGGCGAUAAAGAUGUCAAAUUCUGGGAUAUCACUGAAGUUGAACGUGACUCUGAUGUUGUCGAAAAUCAAAAAGUCAAGUCUGUUGGCAUUGUGCACACCCGCACACUCAAAAUGACCGAUGAAGUGUUGGCUGUUAAGCAUUCACCUGAUAACCGCUACAUAGCAGUAUCACUCUUAGACUCAACUGUCAAGAUCUUCUUCAAUGAUUCACUGAAAUUUUAUCUAUCACUCUACGGACAUAAAUUGCCCGUAUUAUCCAUGGAUAUCUCACACGACUCGAAACUCAUCAUCACCUCAUCGGCUGACAAGAAUAUUAAAAUUUGGGGUUUGGACUUUGGUGACUGUAGGAAAUCUCUUUUUGGUCAUGAUAGCAGUGUGAUGCAGGUUCAAUUCGAAGCCGAUUCUCAUAGAUUUUGGUCCACAUCCAAGGACGCAACCGUUGCUUAUUGGGAUGGUGACAAAUUUGAACAAAUUCAGAAAUUGUAUGGACAUCAAGGUGAAAUCUGGGCAUUGGUUACAUCCAAAGACGGUCAAUUCUUGGUAACAGGCUCACACGAUAAGAGUUUGAGAGUCUGGGAAAAGCUCGACGAGCCUUUAUUCUUAGAAGAAGAGCGUGAAAAGGCUUUGGAAGAGUUAUAUGAAGCGGAUCUUGCUGAUGAGGAUGUUGGCAAGGACCAGAAUGAUCAGGUUGAAGCUGACAACGUACACAAAGCAACAAGCGAGACGUUGAUGGCUGGUGAAAAGAUUAUUGAAGCCAUCGAAAUAUCUGACGAGGAUAUUAAUGCAUUGAAUGACUACAAUAAUCUUUCUCAAGUAGAUAAGGAUAAGGUUGGUGGACCACCCACCCGCCAUGCACAGUUUGUCGCACUGGGUAAUCCAACUCCUGACGAAUACUUGCUCAAGUUUGUACUUGAGAAGAUUUCUCCACCUGAUCUUCACGAUGCUCUACUCGUUUUGCCUUUUAGCCAUGUCAUUUCACUGUUGCGUUAUCUCGAAACAUGGUCCGAAAAGGGAUGGAAUAUCGGAUUAGUCGCGCGUAUACUUUUCUUCCUACUCAAGACCCAUCACCACCAAAUUGUAGCAAACAGAGUGAUGAGAAACACAAUGAUAGGGCUAAAAAAGUCACUUAGGAAACGCUUGAAUGAGCAGAAAUCUGUUGUUGGAUUCAAUCUUGCAGCUCUCAAAGUGAUCAGACGUGCACACGACGCUGAUCGCAUUUCCAAAUACUUAGAGGAGGAGGAUAUGGAUGAAGAAAGAGCGAACCAACGUCUCAAAGCUGAGGAAGAAGCCUUGAUGAAUGCAGGUAAAAAGAGAAAGAGGAUAAUAUUAUAG